AGAGAACAAGAAGCUAAGUAAAGAACAGUUCAACACCACCUGUGCUUCGUGCUUAUACUUUCACUAUACAAUACAACAUAUUGGCGACGAGGAUGGCUUUACUCAGCCUUACUCCUCCUCCACCAUUCCUACAAACACCUGGUGAACCUACGAUUACUUUUGACGCCUGGGUGAGAAGUUUUAAUACGUACUUGACGGCGCUGUCUGACAAAGAGUUGGCGGACAAAAGAAAACGCGUCUUACUAGUCCAUUGCAUUGGUGUGGAAGCACAAAGAAUUUUCUUUACUCUUGCAACGGGGACCACAUACGACGAGGCAUGCAGAGCAUUGAAGUCGUUUUUCGUCCCUAAAGUAAACGUUGUGUCCGAAAGGAACAAGUUUCGUCUACGUCGCCAAAACGUUGAAUCCUUUUCAGUAUUGGUUCCCCGUGAUCCGAUCUCGGUCUGGGCGGGAAGCUCGGUCACCCUGCCCUACUGGGUCAUCCCAGCCCACAUUGCCGAGUCUCUGAGGCUGGAGAAUGUGUCAGUAGAAGACGAGGGGGAGUGUCAGUGCCAUGCCUGCAGUGACUAUGAUCGGGCGGGAGUUUUUCUCAAUGUGACGGGGAUGUCGCCGAUCUGGUUCCUGGUUGUUUUGAUUCUUCUGCCUGCUGCUGCUGCUGCUGCUGCUGCUGCUGCUGAUGAAUCCUUUUCAGGAUUGGAUCCUCGUGAUCCGAUCUCGGUCCGGACGGGAAGCUCGGUCACCCUGCCCUGCUGGGUCCUCCCUCCCCACAAUGCCGAGUCCAUGCAGGUUCACUGGUUCCAACGGACUCCAUCCUACCAAAUAUCAGUGCUUCUCUAUCGGGAACGUCAGGUGCAGGGGAGCUUCCAGGCCCCGCAGUUCAGCGGGCGGGCAUUUCUGCAGCCCGGGGGGCUAAAGAGGGGAGAUGUAUCUCUGAGGCUGGAGAAUGUGUCGGUAGCAGACGGGGGGAAGUUUCAGUGCUAUGUCAGCAGUGACCGGCACUAUAAUUUGACGGAAGUUUUUCUCAAUGUGACGGUGACUUUACCAAGCACAUCAAGUUCAAGUCCAGGUGAUAAUCAGUCAAGACAGAAGUGCACAGUCUUGUUUGUAUUGGUGGUAUCCUUACUGCUUGCCAUCUUCAUCUGAACUGUUCUGCUCAUAACAAAAAAUAAACAUUUUAACAUGUUCCCCCAACCCCAUGCACGGUCACCACCUGGGUUGGGGACAACUGCUGGAUGCCAGGUUGAUUACCUAAGGUACAAUAGGUAAGCCCAGGUGAUGUUCAGAACUCAAACCCAUUUCAAAAUGUGGGCCUGUAAUGUUGUGUGCCAGUCGAUGGUUUAGUGGCCUGUCAAAUGUACUCAUAGAUCUCUGCUGACUGGAGACCUCCAAGAUAUGUGAAAUUAUAUUUUUGUAUAAAGCUCAUACUGUUAGGUAUUCACUGAGUAUUAUUUCCACUGGUUGUAUGCACUUAAGAAAAAGACCACUAGAGCCCCCCCAUGUAUUUUUGGGGCCCCAAGGAAAUGGUGGAAGGAACUUGUAUUUUUGGGGGCCGAAGGAAAUGGUGGAAGGAGCAUGUAUUUUUAGAACCACACUGAUUCCACAAUACCCAGGCCAAUUGGUGCCAAACCAAUCAGAAUUGACCUAUCCUGAUCACGUCUUAGAAAGUCAUUGUGGCGCAGUGAAAAGAGACACCUGUUGGGAGGAAAUAAGCCUGUUCAGAAACUGUAUAAAAGCCUAUCUGUAACUGAACGAUGUUGGGUCACUCUGCAGAGACACCACAGGUUUAUGAUCGCUGUUAGAGAAUACAUUUUGAUAUUCUGGAAGAUUCUGCCUCAUCCUUUUUAUUGAAAAAUCUUUAAAGAAAUUCUGCACAAAGUCUGGGGAUCUUUGUUUUAGAUUGGGAAAACACAACAACUGCACAUGAAUCAACAUUUUCAGUUUCCACAUCAAUGCCAGGAGCCUCAUCUGUAGUCCCUAACCUGCAUGUCUUUGUAUUUAUUUGUAUUUUUGCAGAAUUUGUAUUGCCAACUGUAGAAAACAGUACUUCAAAUAAAACCCGAGUAUGCACUUUAA